AUGCAACCAACAUCCAGCACCUCGCUGAUAUUGUCUGCUCUGGUCCUCUCACUAACACCCCUUGCAGCAGCAAGUCCACCAACAGUAACCCUAUCCAAAACAAACUUCAUAGGCCGCGCCUUACCAGAGUUCAACCAAGAUCUCUUCCUAGGAAUCAAAUACGCCAAUAAACCAACCCGCUUCACGCCCACAGUCCUGAAAACUACCUAUGUCUCCAACGACAGUGACUCUGGACUAUAUCAUCUCUCCACAGCGGGGACAAGCACCGAUGCCAAGUCCAAGUCUGUAUACUACAAUGCCACGCAGUAUGGCCAUGACUGUCCAGCUUAUGGGUCCGAUACCACCACGCUGGUGAAUCAGGGUUUGGUUACCCUCAACGAGGAUUGCCAUAAUAUGAAUAUCGUUCGGCCGCAGUCUCAGUCGGAUGAUCUGCUUCCGGUUGUUCUGUGGAUUUUUGGCGGCGGUUGGACUCAGGGUGCCACUGCUGAUCCGAGAUAUAAUAUGAGCUAUCUUGUUCAACAGAGUGAUCGGAAUGGUAAGCCUGUCUUGGGUGUUUCGAUCAAUUAUCGAAUGUCGGCGUUUGGAUUCCUUGAUUCUGAGGAAGUGAGGACCGAGGGCAAUACAAAUCUGGCGUUGCGUGAUCAGCGCGUUGCUAUGCGUUGGGUCAAGAAGAAUAUCAAGGCGUUUGGUGGUGAUCCGAAUAAGAUCACUAUCUGGGGCGAGUCUGCGGGUGCUUAUAGUGUUGGAGCUCAUCUUGUCACUAAUAACGGCGACAAUGAAGGAUUAUUCCGGGCUGCGAUUAUGGACUCGGGAAACGCAGUUGGACCCCCAUACAAUGGAACCGAGUGGCAUCAACCAAUGUACGACCGUAUCGUUGAAAGAGCAGGAUGCACAGCCUCCACAAGAACUCUCCAAUGCCUGCGCGAUCUCCCAUACACCACAUUCUACAGCACCGCCUACGAAGGUCUAGAAUGGUUCGCCACAGUCGACGGUGCAUUCAUCUCCCAGUAUCCCCAAAUAAGCUACAAGCAGAACAAGAUUUCCAAAGUGCCUCUACUCCUAGGCACGAACACAGACGAAGGAACCAGUUUCGGCACCACGGGCACCAAUACCGAUGAGGAUUGUAUUGACCAGUUGAUCUCAUCAAAACGCUGGGUCCUCACCCGCUCCCAAGCAACAGAGCUCAUAACCCACUACCCCAAUAUCUCAUCCAUCGGCUGUCCCUACGGUUGGGGAAAUACCACUUGGCCCUCCCUCGGACUGAUGUAUAAGCGAUACGCGUCCAUGGCGGGCGAUAUAACGAUGGUUGCACCGCGGCGACUACUAGCUCAGACUAUGUCCGGUUUCCGCGAUCGGGUUUACUCCUACCGGUGGGAUGUACCGGCGCAGAAUAGUUCGAGUUUGAUUGGUGUGCAGCAUUUUGCAGAGAUCCCUUUCGUCUUUGCCAAUCCCGUUCAGACGAUUACGCCUCUAGGCUCGGAUCCUGCCCGCUUGGAACUUGGACAAAUGGCUGCGCAGAUGUGGACUUCUUUUGUGGCGGAUUUGGACCCUAAUGGACAUGGAGUAAAUGGUAUUCCUCAGUGGACUCGGUAUUCGGAUCGGGCAGCUAAUUUUGUGUUCCGAUUACCUCGUAAUGAGAGUUAUGUCGAGGAUGAUGGGUAUCGUGCCGAGGGAAUUGAUUAUCUCAAUACUAUUGCGCGAUGA